AUGGAUCCUCAUAAGCAUGCCACAACGACUCAGAUCUUCAAUCAAGAACUUCGAUUUGAGUCGCCCUGUGCCGGCGGUCGAGCAUCCUCCAGAGUGGGUUCGCAGCACACAAUAGACUUGACUGUUCUCGGAGAUCACAAUGACCAUGAUGACCCUCAAUCGCAAUCACUCGUUGCAGGGACUGAUCAUAAUGGAAUCCAUAUUCAGGCGCCAUCCCCCUCCAAAUCUGGAGGCUGGGCUUCACUUGAUGAUACAUGGCUUCUCGAGUGCCUCGCGAUGGUGUUCAGCUUCGCUUCGUUCAUUGCAAUCAUCAUUAUUCUGGUAGUCUACGACCAGAAGCCGUCCCCCAAUUUGUCUUAUGGGCUGACACUCAACACGAUCGUCUCUUUGCUAGCCACAGCAUCCCGAUCAUCAUUACUUUUCGCAGUAGCCGCGGCAGUAGGCCAAUUGAAGUGGAUCUGGUUCCAGCGUAGGGAACAGCCCAUCUCAGACAUGCAGUCCUUCGACGAUGCGACUCGAGGGCCGCUGGGCUCUUUGACUCUUCUCUUCCAGCACCGUGGGCUCUCGCUUGCCUCCCUGGGGGCUAUUGUUACCGUACUUGCGGUGGCUUUAGAUCCUUUCAUGCAGCAGAUUCUAAGCUACCCCGUUCAACAAACACCCGGCAGCACAGCUCAAGCGACGAUGCCCCAGGCGCAGACCUUUGCGCCAAACGCGAACUAUGCGUCCUUCACGCAAUACUACAACGCUGCUCUUUGGAACACGGAUUUUCCAGUCAAUCCCACUUGCCCAUCCGGAAACUGUACCUGGCCCGAAUUCCAGUCCCUGGGCUUUUGCAGCAAAUGUCAGGAUGUGACCGACUCGGCCAUCCUCUACGACUGUGAUCAGUGGACGGAACCUGAAAUCAACGAUACUGAUAGCGCCCUUCAUGGCGUGAAGUAUAGCUGCUCUGUGAAUACCGGACACGGGGGAAACGGUACCGUGGUCGUUUUAUAUCUUCCCACGAGCAUAUUGAUCCCGACAAACGUCGUGUGGUCACUUGUUGAAAUAAAACUAGGGUCUUUCCUGGGCGUAAAUUAUCCGGUUUAUGUCUUCGCGCAUGCCAAACUCGAAGUCGAAGCCAAUACCAACCUCACAAAGUUGGUCCGCGGGCUUCGCAUUAGCAGCGUUCAGGAAUGCGUUCUUUCCUUCUGCCUGAGGACAUAUAAUGUUUCUGUCUCUUCCGGCACGCCACAGGUCAAUGUCACCUCGGUUGACUACGGGCAGCGAUUCACUGAAAACCUUCCCAGCUACAAAGAAUCCUUUUACGCUGAUAUAGAUUGCUGGAGGCCUACCGAUCGGUCUGGUCCAUUCGAUUUUAUCAAGCUCUCCACGGGUAAUUGGGCCGAUACUAAGCAAUUCGCUUUUUGUCUCCGAGCGAACGAAGCAAAUUGGACUAGCAGUGGGUUUAAUUCUCUCGCUCAUCUCUCUUCGGGAAGUCCAUUUUUGGGGUAUGCAGAUGUGAUUUACAUGUUCGACAAUAGUACCUCGAUGUGGACGAAAGGCGAAAGCGCCAGCAAUAACGCUGAUUACGGAGCUGCAUUUGACAGAGUCAUCGACUACGGUCUUGGGUCGGUGCUGUCAGACAUCGCUGCAGCUCUCACCAAAUACACUUUGGAAACCAGCAACGCGAGGGCUACCGGCACGGCCAUGCUGACGCAGGCAUUCGUCAAGGUAUCUUGGCAGUGGCUGACCUUCCCGUCUGUGCUUCUUGUCGCCGGCUUUGCUUUUUGGAUCUCGACGAUGAUGAUCAACCGACAACGGCGACUCGGCCUAUGGAAGUCAUCUAUCUUACCCAUACUCUAUAAUGGCGCUGAGAAGAUUGAUCAAGGGCUCAAUGGCUCUGGCCCUGCAUCCGAUUACACUAAAAUCAGCCAGAUGAGUCAGUUUGCACAAAAUAUUCGUGUGAGACUGGAAGAUAUGACGGACGGUCGACUGCAGCUAGAACGAAACAAGUGA